GCCGCUCUUCCCCUCGCUUCUCUCUGCCCCUGGAGGACCUUAGGGGGCCCCGGGACUGCGGGGGGCAGCGAGAGGCACCUGGAGGAAGCCGGGAGAUGGACUCAGUGGCCUUUGAGGAUGUGGCUGUGAACUUCACUCAAGAGGAGUGGGCUUUGCUGGAUCUUUCCCAGAAGGAGCUGUACAGAGAUGUGAUGCAGGAAACCUUCAUUAACUUGGCUUCUAUAGGGGAAAAGUGGAAUGACCACAACAGUGAAGAUCAGCAGAAAAACCAGGGGAGAAAUCUAAGAGGGCAUACGGUAGAGAGACUUUGUGAAAAGAAAGAAGGUCAAUUUAGGGAAACCAUCAGCCAGGUUCCAGACCUUAAACGGAACAAGAAAACUCUUCCUGGAGUAAAACCCUAUGAGUGUAGUGUGUGUGGAAAAGUCUAUAUGUGUCACUCAUCUCUUAAUAGGCACAUGAAGUCUCAUAAUGAAUGUAAACCUUACGAGUGCCACAAAUACGGAGAGAAGUUGUAUGAAUGUAAGGAAUGUGGGAAAACAUUCAGCUUUCGAAGUUCAUUUCGAAUACAUGAAAGGACUCACACUGGAGAGAAACCCUAUAAAUGUAAGGAAUGUGGGAAGGCUUUCAGUUGGCCCAGUUCCUUCCAGAUCCAUGAAAGGACUCACACUGGAGAGAAACCAUAUGAAUGUAAGGAGUGUGGCAAAGCCUUCAUUUAUCACACAACUUUUCGAGGACACAUGAGAAUGCACACAGGAGAGAAACCGUAUAAAUGUAAAGAGUGUGGGAAGACCUUCAGUCAUCCGAGUUCAUUUCGAAACCAUGAAAGAACUCACUCUGGAGAAAAACCCUAUGAAUGUAAACAAUGUGGAAAAGCCUUUAGAUAUUACCAAACCUUUCAAAUACAUGAACGGACUCACACUGGAGAAAAACCUUAUCAGUGUAAGCAGUGUGGUAAAGCUCUCAGUUGUCCCACAUCUUUUCGAAGUCAUGAAAGAAUUCAUACCGGUGAAAAACCUUAUAAAUGUAGAAAAUGUGGCAAAGCCUUCAGUUUUCCCAGUUCCUUUCGAAAGCAUGAAAGAAUUCAUACUGGAGAGAAACCUUAUGAUUGCAAGGAAUGUGGAAAAGCAUUCAUUUCUCUUCCAAGCUACAGAAGACACAUGAUUAUGCAUACUGGAAAUGGGCCUUAUAAAUGUAAGGAAUGCGGCAAAGCCUUUGAUUGUCCCAGUUCAUUUCAGAUUCAUGAGAGAACUCACACUGGAGAGAAGCCCUAUGAAUGUAAGCAGUGUGGGAAAGCCUUCAGUUGUUCUAGCUCUUUUCGAAUGCAUGAAAGGACUCACACUGGAGAGAAACCUCAUGAAUGUAAACAAUGUGGGAAAGCCUUCAGUUGUUCCAGUUCUGUUAGAAUCCACGAAAGGACUCACACUGGCGAGAAGCCCUAUGAGUGUAAACAGUGUGGGAAAGCCUUCAGUUGUUCCAGCUCAUUUCGAAUGCAUGAAAGAAUUCACACCGGAGAGAAACCCUAUGAAUGUAAGCAGUGUGGGAAAGCCUUCAGUUUUUCCAGUUCAUUUCGAAUGCAUGAAAGAACCCACACUGGAGAGAAACCUUAUGAGUGUAAACAGUGUGGGAAAGCCUUCAGUUGUUCCAGUUCUUUUCGAAUGCAUGAAAGGACCCACACCGGGGAGAAGCCCUAUGAGUGUAAGCAGUGUGGGAAAGCCUUCAGUUGUUCUAGCUCCAUUCGGAUACAUGAAAGGACUCACACUGGGGAGAAGCCCUAUGAAUGUCAGCAGUGUGGGAAGGCCUUUAGCUGCUCCAGUUCUGUUCGAAUGCAUGAGAGGACCCACACUGGAGUGAAACCCUAUGAAUGUGAACAGUGUCAUAAAGCCUUCAGUUGCUCCCGUUCAUUUCGGAUCCAUGAAAGAACUCACACUGGAGAGAAACCCUAUGAAUGUCAGCAGUGUGGUAAAGCGUUCAAGUGUUCACGUUCCUUUCGAAUACAUGGAAGAACUCAUAAUGGACAGUAGUCCUUUGAAUGCAGAAUACAUGGUAAAGCUUUCACUUGUUCCAUUACCCGGUGAAGGUGUGGAAAGACUCUUGCUGCAGAGAAAUCCUGUGAACGUAAAAUGUAGGCAGGACUGCGAGUGUAGCUCGGUGGUAGAGCCCUUGCCCAGUGUAAUCGAGGUCCUGGGUUUGGUUCCCUAGUACUGCAACAACACGAAAAAUAAAACACACAGGAAAUUUUCAAUUCUCCAGGUGUGAAAAGCAGAAAGAACUCAGAGUGGAGAAAGGCCUUUGUGGACCAUAAGCACCAUGGGAAAGUCUUCAUUCAUCAUAUAUCUUUUUGAGGAUGCAUUGCGGAUGCACAUGGAGAAAAAUCCCACAAUAUAAGGAAUGUAUAAAAGGCUCUAGUUAUCCCUGUUUAUUUGGAAAACAUAAACAGACUCACCCUGGAAAGCAUCUUAUUCAAGGGAAGCAGUGUGGGUAAAUCUUCUGUGGUCCACCAUCCUGGCAAAACAAGCGAGAAGGCGCGUGGGUGGAAACUAUAUAAAAGCCAAAAAUAAUAGGAAAAUUUCCACUUUGUCAUACAGUCAAGUGAUAUCCCCUGGCAUGUGAAACUUCAGACUCACAUGAAGACCCCCACUAGCGAGAGAGACUAUAAAUGUAGAGAAUAUGGAUGGGAAAUUCACAUCAUGAAGAAAUGUUUUAAAACUUAGUGUUCUAUUAGUUGUUCAUUCUUAAAGUAUAUCCCUGGACUACAGAUUUUUAUUUAUUACUUUGGCCUAUGAACAUUGAGGUGAGAUAAAUCUGUAAGCUCUGGUUCAGCAGUCAUACACAUGUCUAAUAAGUAGUGUUUUCAGUCAGUUAGUACAAUUUUUCUCUUUCCUUUAGAAGUCUGUUGGAUUCAUGGGUUUAUUGCAUUGUAUCUCCAACAUGAAAAAUUUCAUAUUUUUAUAUGGUUUUAAAAUUAUUCCUCAAAUGAGGGACCACUGAACAAUGAGAGUUUGGAAAUUGUUGGACUAUUCCUACUGGCUUUGUGUGGCACGUAAUAGAUAUUCCAUAUGAAUUAUAUAUAUAUAUCAUUUUUUGGGUGGGGUUGGUGUUUUUGAGACAGGGU